AUGGCAGAUUGGGUCCAUUGCAAUAGCUGCUACAUUCGACCUGGAGGAGGAAAGUUAUUUUCUCUCACAAACUGUGGUCACAUAUAUUGUGCAGAUUGCCUAAAAGCAAACCCUGAUCAGUGCACAAUAUGCAAGAGAGCAUGUAAUUCAAUCGCUUUAUCAUCGCAGAUGAAACCUGAAGUUGAAAUGUACUUUACCAAUCCUAUUGAUUUGUCCAAGAAAUACUACACACAGCUGUCACAGGUGCUGGAGUUUCAGAAGAGCCACAGACAACGACUAGCAGCAAAUAUCGAGAAAAAGGUGUUAGCAGCAGAGAGGCUCCAGAAGCACAUGACCAGAUUACAGGAACUUGAACGGGAAGUUGCUGUUCUUCAAGAGGAGAAUAAUCACCUCAAGAGCCUGCUUGCCAGUAGUUCUAGUAGGCCUGGAGCGCCACAUAAUUUUAGGAAUUCACCAGGGACAAUCCCCGGGAAAAGGGGUCACACACCAUCUCCGACUUGUAGUCAGUACUCCUCCUCUCCUUAUGGAAAGACCACACCCAACAGUUCUCAAAAAGAAAACAAAGGGUCACAUCAUUGGCAGAACCAGUUAUCCCGCCCUGUCUCUGGGCCAACUAGACUGUCAGUGAGAACUCCACCUUGCAAUGGGUUUAUGGGUACUGUCCGAGGAACUCCAUCCCCCAACAAGCAGGAUUUAUCUCGUCCAGGAUCCGCUGGGGGGACAUCAGGAACUGUUUUAAGGAACCAUCUUCAAGGAAUACACCUCGCAAGGACAGCAAACACUCCCGGGAGUUAUGAAGCGGUCACGCCAUCAGGCUUAGGGGCAACAGGGGUUACUUGUUCUCCCAUGGCAAUGUCAUCACCUGUCUUAACAAUAAGAUCUACCACGCUAAGCAGCAAUAGGUUUAGUAACAGAUCACAGUAUACAACUCCCUCUUCGUCUCAAGCUUCAUCACAAAGCAACCUUUCGACUCAACAGUCCGAACGCUGCAGCCAAGAGGAUGAAAUGUCCACACCUUCAAGUCAACUGGACCCUUCCAGGCGACAGAUACAGCUGAGAUACCAGCCAAGAUCAGCGAUAGUAAACAAACAACCCUUCUUGACCACACCCACUUGUGCACCACGUCGAGAUGAUGUAUUGUAACUAGAAAAUUUAUUUCAUCAAUACUGUAUAUAAAC